CCCAAAUAUAAAGGCCUUCGCUGCUCUGGUGUUGCUGACCAACCAAGAAAUCCUCCAGGGAAGAUACGACCAGAGAACAGAAGCAGGGAGGCAAUAAAAAAUGAUUAUACCAGUUCGUUGUUUCACUUGCGGCAAGGUGAUUGGAAACAAAUGGGAUACUUAUCUUGAUCUCCUUCAAGCAGAUUACUCCGAAGGAGAUGCUCUUGAUGCAUUGGGGUUGGUCCGCUAUUGCUGCAGGCGAAUGCUCAUGACACAUGUUGACCUCAUUGAGAAGCUUUUGAACUACAAUACUCUGGAGAGAAGUGAGGGCAGUUGAAGGAGGCUGUGGCCCUGUGGAGUUACAAAUGUUCUGAAACUAGCUAUCAAAGAUGUGUGGUGACUAUGGUGGAAAUGUAGACAAUGGAAAAAAAAAGGGAAUGUUCAAAUAUCAUGUUUAGAUUCAUCACUGUUGUUUUUUUCCUGUUUGAAAACCAGACCUAUAUAUUAAUGUGAUGCCAAUGUUGUGAGGAA